AUUUUUUAAGUAAGAUUUGAUUUAUGUAUAGAUACAGAAAAGUUCUGUUAACAAUUAUUUGUUUUGAUAACUUUCAUUUAAAAAAAGUUUAAAAUAAAACUUUUAUGAUUUUUACCAUUUUUAUGCUUUGGAUAAAUCAUUCUUAGUUUAUAAAUCAUUUUUAGUUUAUAAAAGAUAUCCUGAGUAGAAAACUAGUGAGAAAAAAAUGAAUUUUAACAAUUUCACUUUUAUGUUAUUUGUUUGGAUGUGUUUAACAUUUGACCUUUACAAUUUACUUGACUCAAAAUCUGCGGAUGAUUACGACAACGCGAAAAUUCAAAACAAAAACGAAGACUUAAAAAAUGAAGAAAGUUUUACUUCUCGCAUCAAUGAAAUACUUAAGGCCUACUAUAACCGUUGGAAAACUGAGAAUGCAUUAGAAUACAAAACAAAUUUUGAUGUUGUCGAAUACGAAGAUGAUUCUUUAAAUAAAAAAGAAAACAAAAUCAUACAAAGAGAGUUAAGAGUAUGCACGCAAGCUUUUUUGCAAUCAUUGCUCAAGCACUUGUGCGUUUUUCCAAAUCCAGUGGCAAAGUUAAUUAAAAAAGAUACGCCAAUCACAAAGAAAGAUUUUACUCUAUCUAAUGACGUUGCUUCCAAUUUUCUGAAUAAACGAGACAAUACCUGGUUCCGACACCAAUAUCCGGAUGUUUAUCCAACUGAUAUAAAUGUCCACGACGAAUGUUGUUAUAACAAAGGGUGCGUCGUUGACGAAAUUAUGGAAUACUGUAAUUAAUGUCACGGUGACAGUAAGGACCUAUUUUGAAGAUGAUGUAGAUGUUGUAAUAUAGUCAGUUGUAAUACUUCUUAUAUAAAUGAAUCUAAUAAACUUU